GCGCGAGAUUAACCACCGUCAUAACAAUAAGACGACCCAGUAAGACUACCACACUGUUCAACUGACUCUUCAAGAAGAGUCAACGUUAGGCAUGGACUUCGACGAAAUCACCAAGAGACUUGGAGAGUUCGGCCGCUACCAGAAAUUCCUGUAUCUGCUAGUAUGUCUGACAGCGGCCAUUGUUGGAUUGUUUGCGGUAAUGGGGGGAAUGAUCCUGGCUAGUCCAGAACAUAGAUGUAAGAUACCUGGUUUAGAGAACGACACGUUUGAAGUCCAGAGUGACCGCCAUCUGGACCUAAUACGUCACUACAUCCCGCCGUCCACAGACAAGCUUCUGUCUUACGACAAGUGCAAUCUAUAUUCUUUUAACUCAACGUCCGUAACGUUCGACAAUUCAAGUCGGCCUGUCAACGCCACCCUGACUAAGUGUACAUCUUGGGUUUACAGCCAUGAGGUGUUCGAGGAGACCGUUGUCUCAAAGUAUAAUGUCGUGUGCGAAAAUGCCUACCAGGCAUCAAUUACAAAGUCGCUGUUCUACGCUGGAGUAUUCGUCGGCGCCUUUGUCUUCGGUCAAAUGUCGGACUUUUUCGGGCGGAAGAAGACGUUUUAUUUCUCGCUGGUCCUGAUGUUGGCAUCGUCUUUUGCUCUGGCAUGGGCUCCGAACUAUAUUGGGUUUUCCGUCAUCAACUUGAUAGUUGGAGCAGCGUCACAGGGCCUCUUCCUCACGGGAUUUGUAAUAGGUGUGGAGUUGGUGGGUCCUUCCAAGCGGAUAUGGGCGGGCAUUGUCAUUGAGUAUGCUUUCGCCGUCGGUUUAGUGAGUCUAGCAUUUAUUGGCUACUUUGUCCGUUACUGGCAGUACCUUGUCAUCAUCUGUGCUGUCCCAUUCGCCUUGAAUCUGAGUUAUUGGUGGUUACUACCAGAGUCACCGCGAUGGCUUAUAUCCAAGAAGCGGUACGAGGAGGCAGAAGCAGUGCUUCGUAAAGCCGAACGGGUUAACAAGGUCAAACUACCCGAUAACCUGUUGGACAAAGACAUAGACGAGGUUCCAAAGCCCACUGGCAACUUCCUCCAACUCUUCACUAACCGAGUUCUUCUCAUCAGAACCCUCAUUAUCUUCUUUAACUGGACCAUAGUGACUAUGAUAUACUAUGGGCUGUCUUUAAAUUCCGGCAAUCUUGGUGGAAACUUUUACAUGAACUUCUUCCUUUCGGGACUGGUUGAGUUUCCGGCAUACACAGUGGUGUUACUAUUUCUGGACAGGGUGGGACGGAAGCGUCUUCACUGUAUCUGUAUGAUUGUAGGUGGUGUCACGUGCCUAAGCACGAUCUUCACUAUAGUAUUUGGGGGCGCAGAACUACAGGCAGUCACUACGACGCUAGCUAUGAUAGGCAAGCUGGGAGCUGCCGCUGCCUUUGCUAUUAUAUAUAUAUAUUCCGCGGAACUCUUUCCAACGGUCGUUCGAAACUCCGCCCUUGGAGCCAGCUCAUGUGUCGGACGCAUCGGUAAUAUAGCGGCGCCAUAUAUUGCUGAUGCGGGGAAUAUGAUAGGCGGCAAAUUCGGAAAGGCAUUCCCUUUGAUCGUCUUUGGAUCGACGGCAAUACUGGCCGGAUGUCUAUCUUUGUUUCUGCCCGAAACACUUAACGAAGAUCUGCCAGAGACCAUAGAGGAUGGAAUACUAUUUGGCACGGAUGCAUACAAAAACCGGAAGAAGGAUAUAAGUAUGGAGGAGAAGGUGAUGCGGCCAGAGCAGAUGGCGCAGCUUCUUCCUCAUGGCCGACAGACGAACUGGUCAAAUUAAAACACCUAAUAGGCUUACUGUGGCGAAUUUCACCUCGAACGAAAGCUACACAAUUAUGUCAAUUUGAAUAAAGCUAACAGGCCGGAGUGUAUGUCCAUUCAACCGUUUGUCACAGGCUGGACGAUGUGGUCAAUCUGAUGCGACAAAGCCGGACAAUAUUUGACUUCGAUCUGAUCAGGGCUAUGGUAUAUUAAAAAUGGCCAUGCUAACUUUUUGUUCACAAACACAACGGUGUGAUAGUAAGGUAACACAGAGUGGACGGUGACACCAAUCUCCGUAUAUUUGCGAUGUAUAUGAUGGGUUAUGACUAUCCAGAAUUGUAUCCCUACCUUCGAGCGUUAAAGUAUUGUAGGGCGAUGUGCAUGUAUGUCAUCAAGAAUCCCAGCAUAGAUAUGUGUGGUUAGGUAGACAUUUGCAUUGCUCUAGAGAUGUCGAGUCAUCGUCUCGUUACAAAUGAGUACCUAAUAUAUUAAGUAAGUCAAAAUUUAAAAAUAAGAUGAGUAAAAACUGGGUGAAAGAUAUAUGGCAAACGGAAACCCUACCCCGUUGAGGGCAUUCGUUGUUGGGGGAUUAAACCGAGGGCCGUUCAACCCUGGUAAUCCCUAUCCCAAUUAUUGAUGGUUGUAGGUUUAAUUAAUGCAUGUAAUCUUUGUUGUAAAAAAAUGGUAAGUGUAAAUACACUAUGUUCGCUUAUGUUGUUGUUUAUAUACAUCACCGUGUUCAUACAUCUUACUGUGGGUGUUGUAUGAUCCGUCCUUGAUAUUGAUUCCGGGUCUUGAUUGUUUUAAAACAAUAUCGCCUGUUUUUCUGUGUGUAAGUUUUGUACUCUGCAAAUUGAAGGUUUAUUCUGAUUCUUCCAAUGUUAAGAACAUCACAGUAUGGUAUGUGAACAUGA